AUGGUGGAGAGCACACCUCAGCUGUUUGGGAACUCCUGGAAGCUGUCGUCAGGAUGCAGCUCCAGCCUCCCCCUCCUCCCCCACAGCGACCCCUGUGACUCACACCAGCAGAGCGGUGAGUCUCCCCCCUCCUCCCCCUCCUCCCCCACAGCGACCCCUGUGACUCACACCAGCAGAGCGGUGAGUCUCCCCCUCCUCCCCCUCCUCCCCCACAGCGACCCCUGUGACUCACACCAGCAGAGCGGUGAGUCUCCCCCUCCUCCCCCCUCCUCCCCCACAGCGACCCCUGUGACUCACACCAGCAGAGCGGUGAGUCUCCCCCUCCUCCCCCUCCUCCCCCCCCACAGCGACCCCUGUGACUCACACCAGCAGAGCGCAGAGCGGGUGAGUCUCCCCCUCCUCCCCCCCCUCCUCCCCCACAGCGACCCCUGUGACUCACACCAGCAGAGCGGUGAGUCUCCCCCUCCUCCCCCCUCCUCCCCCACAGCGACCCCUGUGACCUCACACCAGCAGAGCGCGACCCCUGUGACUCACACCAGCAGAGCGGUGAGUCUCCCCCUCCUCCCCCUCCUCCCCCACAGCGACCCCUGUGACUCACACCAGCAGAGCGCGACCCCUGUGACUCACACCAGCAGAGCGGUGAGUCUCCCCCUCCUCCCCCUCCUCCCCCACAGCGACCCCUGUGACUCACACCAGCAGAGCGCGACCCCUGUGACUCACACCAGCAGAGCGGUGAGUCUCCCCCUCCUCCCCCUCCUCCCCCACAGCGACCCCUGUGACUCACACCAGCAGAGCGGUGAGUCUCCCCCUCCUCUCCCCUCCUCCCCCACAGCGACCCCUGUGACUCACACCAGCAGAGCGGUGAGUCUCCCCCUCCUCCCCCUCCUCCCCCACAGCGACCCCUGUGACUCACACCAGCAGAGCGGUGAGUCUCCCCCUCCUCCCCCUCCUCCCCCACUGCGACCCCUGUGA